CUCGUAUUUUCCAUUCUCCGCCUCUUGUGUUCUCCAGACGACGAUGAGAAGCAACCAGUGUCGCGGCGGACACAUGUUCGAUCCGACCAAGAUCGUGUCGGAAAUCGAUGUAACAGCUGUUCCCGCGCUUGGGCACAAGAUCGAGAACGUCCCCGAGAUGCCUUUUAUGGUGAGUGACUCUGCCGAAGCCGUGGAGAACGUCAGCUGCUAUCAAGGUGUUGAAUCAGAUUGGUGCUUAUGAUGACGCUGAGAAGGCUAACGAUAGUAUUGGGAUUAGGUCUGGAGGUGGGGAAGAUGAGGAAGUUAUGGACAAGCUUUCAGCAGCAAAUUUUUAGCGUGACCGUGUCCAAGAGACUUGUAGAAAUUUGAGGGCUCUGAAUGAUGUUCGUGAUCCUAACAUUGGCAUGCCUCUUAGCAUUCAGCAAUUUUGCGAACUUAUCAAAUGAAGGCCCAAUCCCGCCCCGCAGCAAGCCUUUAUGGGCCAGACCCGCGGUCCAGAUCUUUGAUUGCCAUCCCUAAUAUUGGCUUAAAAUAUUUGCCCUGACUACAAUCAAAGACUGGGAAGGUCUUGAGAAGUUUUCAAGGGAAAAGAGCCACCAACUCACUCUUUAAGAUGAUUGUCAAUUUCUAUUAUUGGCGUUGUGUAGGAAGUGGUGAUAAUGCAUUGGCGUUGUGCAAAGACACUUGAAGUUCGAUUUCUGUUUUAGUUUAAGAGUUUGUGAUCAUCUACUUGUAGAAUUUAGUGAUCAUAUAGCUGAUUUUGUCACUUAUAAAAUCUCUCUAUAACAUAACCUUG